AUGGAUUCCAAGAAUAGCAAAGAGGCAGCCGCGCGCACCAACUCGCGCGGAGAGUCGCGCGCCCCGCUUCCCACAAACGAAAGUGAGUACAAAACUUUAAAAAUCAGCGAGCUCGGCUCCCAGCUGAGCGACGAGGAAAUCGAGGACGGCCUCUUUCACGAAUUCAAAAAAUUUGGCGACGUGAGUGUUAAAAUCAGCCGAGUCAACGACGAGAGAAUCGCAUUCGUCAACUUUAGGAGACCGGAUGAUGCGAGAGCGGCAAAGCACGCGCGAGGCCGGCUGGUGCUCUACGACCGUCCUUUGAAAAUUGAGGCAGUCUACUUGAAUAGGAGGAGGAGUCGAUCUCCCGUAGAUAAGGACCAUUUCUCUGUUGUAGCAGGCCAUAGACAUUUGCAUACCCAGAGGCCGCUCUCUCCAACCGGUCUGGGUUACAGAGACUACCGGUUACAGCAGUUAGCGCUGGGUCGGCUCCCUCCUCCCCCACCCCCGCCUUUACCGAGAGAGCUUGAAAGAGAGAGAGAAUUUGCCUUUUACGAAGCCAGGGCGCGGCCCGCGUACAUCGCGGAGCGGGCCGCUCCUUUCCGCGAGGAGGACUUUAUCUCUCCAGAGGACGACCAGAGAGCCAACCGCACACUAUUUCUGGGUAAUUUGGAUAUUACUGUGACUGAAAAUGAUUUGAGGAGAGCUUUUGAACGAUUUGGGACCAUCACAGAGGUGGACAUUAAAAGACCAAGUCGGGGCCAGAGCAGCACCUAUGGCUUUCUUAAAUUUGAAAACUUGGACAUGGCCCAUAGAGCAAAAAUUAGCAUGUCUGGGAAAGUUGUGGGCCGAAACCCCAUAAAGAUUGGCUAUGGCAAAGCCACCCCCACCACACGCUUAUGGGUGGGUGGUCUUGGACCUUGGGUGCCUCUGACUGCGUUAGCCAGGGAAUUUGACCGCUUCGGCACUAUCAGGACUAUAGACUACAGAAAAGGGGACACGUGGGCUUAUAUUCAGUAUGAAAGCCUGGAUGCCGCUCAGGCAGCCUGCACACACAUGCGUGGAUUUCCCCUCGGGGGUCCCGACAGGAGGCUGAGGGUGGACUUUGCUGACACGGAGCACCGCUACCAGCAGCAGUUCUUGCAGCCCCUCCCUUUGCAACACUAUGAAAUCGUGGCUGAGUCUUUUGUCCAUCGCGCCACCCCUGAGGCCAUCAGGGUCCGAGAACGAACUCCCCCACCACUGCACUUCAGAGAACGAGAACUGUAUGCUGGGGCUGAAUGGCCUGUGCCUGCCAUUCGUGAACGUGUACGAACGCCUGCAUUUGAGCCCCUCGAACACUUGGAGCACGAGCGACGGCGAGAGGCGUGGUCACUGGAGCGGGAGCUGCCAGGCAGGGAUGCAGCACGCAAGCGACGGCUCAUGGAGGAUGGGAGACAUCUGGAGUGUUCACCUGACAGCAGCAGCGAGUGGGCGGCCCGACGUCGCAGACCGCCAUCCCUUGAGGGCAGCCCAGGAGGGAGCAGUCGAGAUGGACGAUUCAGUGACUCUGAGCGGCCAGCGAGAGCAGACCGUGUGUCCCCUGCACGAGAGAGCCACAGCAGCCUGGACAGAGCCCCUGGUGAAAAGCGCAUCAAAAGCAGUAGCACUCUCUCAGAGUCUAGUGUCGGCGCGAGUCCUGCGGAGAGAAAGCGCAAAGCGGGCGAUUCAGCCAAAGGUGCCUCCAAGAGAGACCGAUCUGAGAGCAGCUCCAAAAGCAGCCAGGCUUCAAAGCAGGAUGCAGGGGGGAAGCUGAGCAUGGCCUGGAAUGGCAUGCUGCUCCUAAAAAACAGUAAUUUCCCAGCCAGCAUGCACCUUCUGGAGGGGGACCUGAGCAUUGCCAACAGUCUCCUCAUCGACGGCAGCACGGGCGGUAAAGUCACACAACUACGCAUCACACAACGCCUUCGCCUUGACCAGCCCAAGAUCGAUGAAGUAUCUCGGCGCAUCAAAGUUGCAGGCCCAGGCGGGUAUGCGGUUCUACUGGCGGUUCCGGGCAGCUCCGAGGAGACUUCGUCUUCGGACCCAGCAGCAUCGACGCAGAGGCCCCUGCGCAACUUAGUUUCGUACCUGAAGCAAAAGCAGGCUGCCGGGGUCAUCAGUUUACCCGUCGGGGGCAGUAGAGAUAAGGACAACACUGGGGUCCUGCAUGCAUUUCCACCAUGUGAUUUCUCUCAGCAGUUCUUAGAUUCUUCUGCGAAAGCUCUUGCCAAAACGGAAGAGGACUUCCUGGUCAUGAUCAUUGUGCGAGGAGCAUCUUAACAAUCAUAAUACACACAAAGAGUUGUUAAAUGCAAGCUUCACUUAAUGUCUCUUAAUUGCAUGCUCUCUAAAGCAGACGUGGUACUAGAGUAAUGAGCAAAUGUUAUUACCUGCUCUGCCAAACGUACAAAAAAAAAAAAAAACAUGAAAAAGCCCCAUUCGUAUAGCAAAGUCUAGCUCUAUAGCAAUAUAUUUGUUUUCAUUUGCAAUUUAUUCAGUGGUCUAGUUUGUGAUAAGUUGUACCCUGCUUAAAAGAUUGAAUGAUGUUGGGAAUAUUAGAAUAGGAAUUUAAUUUGCUGUUGGUCAUUAAAUGCUGUCUAGUUCCAACACUUCCUAUCAACAUGUAUUUCAGGCAGAUUCCAGACAGUCAUCCCUGUACGAAAUCUUUUUUGUGAAUGUUCAUUCAUGUUCAUGAUUAUCAAUUAAUCUGAUUUAAUGGGAACCUGGUUUAUGUGUCUUGAUGCUUUGAACAAUCAUUCACUAAUGGGGAGUGUAAUAUAGGUAUAUAGUUCUGUAGGUCACUAAAACAGGCAGAAUAUUUUGCUCCGUGAACUGCAUGUUGAUGCUAGUGUUGUACAGUAAGCCGUUGCAGAGGUUUAAUAUAUGUAGCCAAAAAAAUUUCAUCAGUGUUAUAUCGAUUGAUACAGGCUGAAUUUUAACACCCCUUUAUCACAUAAAAAAAUAAUUUGUGAACCUAUUUUGAUUAUAAACUUAGAUAUUUGUAAGCCCUCCUUAGACCAAAGCAUAACAUCAAGCAUUCAGUUUGUGUUUAAAGAAGAAAAAGUUGUUCUGACAUACUGUUUUCAUGUUUUUGGGUUACAUUUGAAAGGUUUUGAAUGAAGCAUAAUUCUGUUUUCAAAAUGGGCAAGUGUGAAAUGUCUGAGUUUAAAUUAUGAUGGGUCUCAAAUAAUUAAUUUGAUUAAUUAACAGUGGUUUUAAUUCAUUUUUCCCCCAUAGGACUGUCAUAAUUUCCCAGGUAAAACCUAUUUACAGUGAUAUUGUUAAUGAUAUUCUUAUGAAGGUCUCUUUAUAAAGAUAAAGACAAAAAAGGUGCAUUUGCUAUAAAAACUGACUUUUCAGAUCAUCAAUGUAAAGUGAUGUAGCCUAUAAUGUGAUAUUGUCAUAAUCAUCCAUAAUUUGCUAGAUAUGCCAUGUGAAUAGCACUAAGAAAUUAAGGUGUAUGGGUAAUUUAAAGAAAUCAAGCCCACAUAUUUGUACAAAAAACUUGACUUGAUGCCCUAACGAUUUAGUUCUUGUGCAGCUGUAAGACAGUCCUACGUUUUAUUUCAUUGACACUUUUAGUUGACAAUAUAGACAUACAUUUAAGUAUGUUUUUAGUUGAACAGCCAUUUAUGUUUGAAAUAUUACACAAUGUUGUGGUUCUUAGGUGUGUCAUUGUUUGAAUGGUUUUAAAAUGACAGUCCACAAUUUUCUCUAAAAUCCUGAAGAAGUAGAAAUUUGUGUUCUUAGUCUGUUUAGCUAAUUGCAGUGUACUGAUCUGAUGCAUAACUAACAUCUUUUCAUGUAUGACUUUUCACACUAAAUUGUGUUUUAAAAGUU